AAGGUGAGGGCGUGAAGGAGACCAGCAGGAAGAGGAGAAAUUAGAGAACGGAAAGAGGGAGGAAAAGGCAGUCUGAAACAGAGAAAAGUUAGUAAGACGUGCUUCAGGAACAAUCAGGCGCCGCGGCCGCCGCCUAAAAAUAUGUGACACCAAGGAGGAUUCUGGGAUUUGUAGUUUUCCCGGGACGUUCGGGUAGAAGAUGGCGGAUUUACCUCAGCUGCGGAAACGCAGACGCUGUUUCCAGUUGCGCAUGCGCUUCGGCCCCGCGAGCGCUCCUCCGGGGGGUGGAGCUAGUGCUCAGGGCGUCCUCGUGCCUUUUCUUGGUGGCGGGAAACCUGGGUUGAGGUGUGAGGGGCUUGCGGAGUCGCUGCGGCAGCUGGUUCCGCCCCUCGCCUUUAGGUCCUCCUUGCUCCUGAAGGUAGCCGGCUAGUUUCUGGUUGUAGGUGAAGGUGCUAGGCGCCGCCAGUCCUGGCACCCGUUGCCUGAGGAGAAACUUUCUCAGGGCGACAACCAGCUCUUGGCCCUUUUUCCUCAGAAUCUGUCGCCCCCAAGAAACAGACAAAAAAUAAACCGGUCUCCUGGCGGGCACCAACGAUAUGACUUUCAGUAUUUGUUAUUGUGGAAGAAGUUAAUUCACCUGAAACAGAGGAGGGGCAACCUGAGUUAUCAGAAAGUGACUUCCUGGCCUUCCCUUCUUUAUUGAUCAGAGGCACACAAAGUGUAGUUUCUAAGCUGAAUGAUGACAACGUUGCAGAAUAAAGAAGAAUGUGGAAAGGGACCAAAGAGAAUCUUUGCCCCACCUGCACAAAAAUCUUACAGCCUGUUACCUUGUAGCCCUAACUCCCCCAAGGAGGAGACCCUGGGGAUCAGUUUCCCAGAGACAGAGGCCAGGAUAAGCCUGCCAAAGGCCAGUUUAAAGAAGAAAGAGGAAAAAGCAACCAUGAAGAAUGUUCCAAGCAGGGAACAGGAGAAAAAAAGAAAGGCACAAAUCAACAAGCAAGCAGAGAAGAAAGAAAAGGAAAAAUCAAGUCUUACCAAUGCAGAAUUUGAGGAGAUUGUCCAGAUUGUUCUGCAGAAGUCCCUUCAGGAGUGCUUGGGGAUGGGAUCUGGCCUUGAUUUUGCAGAGACUUCUUGUGCCCAGCGCAUAGUAUCUACCCAAUCAGACAAGGAGCCAGGAAUUACUGCUUCUGCUACUGAUACUGAUAAUGCUAAUGGAGAGGAGGUACCACAUACUCAAGAGAUUUCAAUGUCUUGGGAAGGUGAAGCUGCCCCUGAGAUAAGGACAUCUAAGCUAGGCCAGCCAGAUCCUGCACCCUCUAAGAAGAAAUCCAAUAGACUCACCUUAAGCAAAAGAAAGAAUGAAGCUCAAGAUGAGAAGGUGGAGAAAACUCAAGGUGGACAUGAGCACAGACAGGAAGACCAACUAAAGAAAACAGUUCAGGAUCAUUCUCAGAUCAGGGACCAGCAAAAAGGAGAGAUAAGUGGGUUUGGUCAAUGUCUGGUCUGGGUCCAGUGUUCCUUGCCAAACUGUGGGAAAUGGAGGCGGCUGUGUGGGAACAUUGACCCCUCAGUUCUCCCAGAUAAUUGGUCCUGUGAUCAGAACACAGCAGAUGUGCAGUAUAAUCGCUGUGAUAUUCCUGAGGAGACCUGGACAGGGCUUGAGAGUGAUGUGGCCUAUGCCUCCUACAUCCCAGGAUCCAUCAUCUGGGCCAAGCAAUACGGUUACCCCUGGUGGCCAGGCAUGAUAGAAUCUGAUCCUGACUUAGGGGAAUAUUUUCUUUUUACUUCCCAUCUUGAUUCCCUGCCGUCUAAGUACCACGUGACGUUCUUUGGAGAAACAGUUUCUCGUGCAUGGAUCCCAGUCAACAUGCUAAAGAACUUCCAGGAGCUGUCCCUGGAGCUAUCAGUCAUGAAAAAGUGCAGAAAUGACUGCAGCCAGAAACUGGGGGUGGCCCUGAUGAUGGCUCAAGAGGCAGAACAGAUCAGCAUUCAGGAACGGGUUAACUUGUUUGGUUUCUGGAGCCGAUUCAACGGAUCUAACAGUAAUGGGGAAAGAAAAGACUUACAGCUCUCUGGUUUGAACAGCCCAGGAUCCUGCUUGGAGAAAAAGGAGAAGGAGGAGGAGUUGGAAAAGGAGGAAGGAGAGAAAACAGACCCAAUUUUGCCCAUUCGUAAGCGAGUCAAAAUACAGACCCAAAAAACCAAGCCAAGAGGCACAGCAGAUGGCCGAGGCAGGACACUGCAGAGGAAGAUAAUGAAGAGAUCUCUGGGCAGGAAAUCCACAGCUCCUCCUGCACCGAGAAUGGGAAGGAAAGAAGGUCAAGGGAAUUCAGAUUCUGACCAGCCAGGCCCUAAGAAAAAAUUUAAAGCUCCCCAGAGCAAGGCCUUGGCAGCCAGCUUUUCAGAGGGAAAAGAAGUUAGAACAGUGCCAAAGAACCUGGGCCUAUCAGCAUGUAAGGGGGCCUGCCCCUCAUCUGCGAAAGAAGAGCCCAGACCCCAGGAACCCCUGACCCAGGAGGCUGGAAGUGUCCCCCUUGAGGAUGAAGCCUCCAGUGACCUGGACCUGGAGCAACUCGUGGAAGAUGUUGGGAGAGAGCUGGGGCAGAGUGGGGAGCUGCAGCACAGCAACAGUGAUGGCGAGGACUUCCCCGUGGCGCUGUUUGGGAAGUAGCUGGUGCCCUUGUGCUCCCUCCUUUUCUCCCUUCUCUGGGGCGCAGGAGGGAGAAGUUGCUAAGUGCUGGGGCUGUUUAUUGGCUAUGAGGUUCAAGUGUGUGUGGUGCAGUUUCUGUGUUAAUAAAGCAGGUUACCGUUGA